UUCUGAAGUAAAAAAGUGAAAAAUACCCCACGAAUAUCGAGAAGUCGCGUUUACACACACAUUGGAGUCAAUGUUUGUUGCUGCGAAUUUGAUUAACACGGAUUCGUGGUUCGUUGCAAUUAAUCCUCUCGUUUUGGGUAUCUGAAACGCGUAAUCGUAAUCUCCAAUCAGGCGAAGGGAUCCGAUUCUUCGUUUUUGGUGAGCUUUUCUUCACGAGGAGGUAAUGCGAGCGUCUGACAGAAAUGAACACCGCAAACUGUUCCGCAUGUGGAUAAAACUGCUCCGUCUACUCAAUUCCAUUACGCUUUCAUUCUGGCUUAUACGACAAAAGCCACCCACGUCUUUGGAUUGGAAGCGGAAUCCGGAAUGAGUUAGUUCCCCCCCUUCUUUUUAAUUUUGAUUUUGUUCAAGAUUUCUGUCCUGUUCUUGAUAUAUCUGCCAAUUACUCACUUAUCUGAGACUGAAAUCAUGAACCAUUGUUCCCAUGUUCUUAGUUCUUGAGAUAAGAGAUAAAGAGAGAGGGCCUUGUUGAUUCGUUUUCUUGAAUGGGUGUCUUAGUUUCUCUCUUCAAGCAGAGGGGUUUUAUCAUUUUCUUGAAUCUCUCGUUUCUAUCAGUGGCGGCUUGUGCUUUUUUUGCCAUUCGUUUUCAUCCUCCAGAAUCCUAUUUCCACGUUCUUAACAAAAGCUCGAGAAGAAUCCAUGGAAGCCCACAGGAUGAUUGCCGGAGUUUUCUUGGUCUAACUGAUUUUGAAGCCAAGUGCUCUGUUCUUAAAUCCAGCAACCCUUGUAACACCCAAGGCUAUAUAGAUUAUCUUUACAUUUUCUAUUGUCAGUAUGGAAGUUUUAGCAUUCUGGGGUAUACUCUGCUGUUUCUGUGGCUUCUUGUGUUGUUCUAUCUUCUGGGUAAUACUGCCUCUGAAUACUUUUGUUCUUCCCUUGAGAGCUUGUCAAAAGUGUUGAAUCUGUCCCCUACAAUUGCUGGUGUUACUCUGCUUUCUCUUGGCAAUGGGGCACCUGAUGUUUUUGCUAGCCUUGUUGCCUUUAUGGGGGAUGGAACUAGUGAUAUUGGAUUGAAUACUGUUCUUGGUGGAGCUUCGUUUGUUACCUGUGUCGUCGUCGGAAUCAUAAGCAUUUUGCUGCGUCGGCGACGAAUUAAGGUGAAUAGGUCUGGCUUCAUUAGAGAUGUUUUGUUCUUCCUCUUGGUUCUUUUGUCUGUUUUCUUCAUACUGCUUCAUGGUCAUAUCAAUCUAUGGGGUGCCAUUGGGUUUUCUUCCAUGUAUAUUGUUUAUGUUUUGGCUGUUUAUGUCUCCCAUGCUCAAUGGUUGAGUUUUAGAAGUGAUAUCUGUGAACCCCUUUUGAAAGAGCCACCAAAGGAUGAGUUUGAGGGUGUAAAUGAAUCACGGUACAACGAUGACAACGACGACGAUAACGAUGAUGUUAGGAUCGAUGUAUAUGAUCUCUGUUUUUGUCCAAGAUUAUCGCCUUCGUGUCUCGUUUUCCUUCGCAUUCUUGAGAUUCCUCUUUACUUGCCUAGAAGAUUGACAAUUCCAGCCAUUGCUGAAGAAAACUGGUCUAGACCAUAUGCAGUUGCUUCAGUGAUAUUGGCUCCUCUUCUCUUAUCUGUUCUAUGGGCCUUUCACCACCAAACCGACGCGACACAGUCGAACCUGAUCAUCUGUGUCGUCGCUUUGCUGCUCGGGAUUAGUUUUGGGAUUGUUGCAUUUGCAACAACUGAGAAUUCAACCCCACCAAAGAAAUGCUUGUUCCCGUGGCUAGCAGCUGGCUUCACCAUGAGUUUAACAUGGAGUUACAUUCUAGCUCAGGAACUAGUAGGCCUAUUGGUUUCACUUGGCUACAUAAUGAACAUAAGCCCUUCAAUCCUAGGACUUACCUUCCUAGCCUGGGGGAACUCUCUUGGGGAUUUAGUUGCCAAUGUGACCAUGGCAUUGAACGGCGGGCAGCGAGGCGCUCAAAUCGCCAUCUCCGGCUGCUAUGCCGGUCCCAUCUUCAACACUUUGUUCGGCCUAGGAAUGUCCCUCGUCGGCGCAUCGUGGAAGAAGUAUCCUCAGUCGAUCGCCAUCCCUCCCGACCCGUAUGUCAUGGAGACAUUGGGGCUGUUAGUCGGCGGGUUGCUUUGGGCACUCGUGGCCUUGCCAAGGCGAGAGAUGAGGCUUGAUGCAGUGUUGGGCGGAGGCCUUUUGGCUAUCUACUUGACCUCUUUGCUCUUAAGGCUGUUGCAAGCUUUUGCUUCCUCCCAUUAGAAUCAUUUGAAAAGAAAAUUACAGAUGUAAUUGUAUUUUUUAAAAGAUUAUGAUACAAUUACACUUAGUUUAUUGUAAAUUAAUCCCACUUGGUUAAGAGUAAUUUGAUCUGUGAAGAUUAAUUGUAUAA